CGGGGAAGUUUUAUUUAUUUUAAAAAAAAAUCAAGUUAGUUUAAUAAAUGAAUGCGUAUGUCAGAAAAAGAGACAAAUUGCUAUCAGUUGUAAAUCGACUACAUACUGAAGGAGUAAUUGCGCUGGAAGAAAUCAAAUCGAUUUAUAAUAAGGACUACCUUAAAAGUGUUGUGUGUCCAUUUUUGUUAGAAGAUAGACAGAUCACAAACACCAUAGAAGUUGAACCUGGAAAUGGGGCCAAAAUUUCAUGCAGAGGUUAUCUUCUGCGGCAAAAAAGAUAUGAGGGGUCUUCAUCUUGUGAUAAUUGUGGUCAUAUAGUAUUUAAAUUAUUUUCUAUUCCUGAUACUGAAGUUCAAACAAAUUUAAAAGACAAAUGUACAAACAUAAAGGUUUGCAAAACAUGUUUAAAUGAACAUGGUGGUUUUCAAAUCAGUGGGAAAAAAAUACAAAAAAAAGAGGUACCUUCUUUAACUGAAUAUCUUCCAAAUGGAAUGACUUCUACAAGGGCUUCAAAUUCUUGGUACUUUGUUAGAAAAGAUAUAUGUUCUAAUAAAUCAUCUAAACGACCAAUUACCUACAAAAUUUCUUGUCUUUCGGAUUUGAGUGAUAUGAGUGAUGAGGAAGCAGAAUCUUCUAUGGAUUUUAAAAAUGAUUUGAUUUUGAUUUCAAGAAAACCUCCAAUAGUUAAUGUGAAUGAUUCUAAAGAUAUCCUAAAUUUGAUACUUUUUCCAUCAUUUAUUGAUGAUAUACCUAUUGUGAUUUCUCCUCAUUUAAGAGAAAAACAAACUUUUAAUGUGAAAGCAUUAGUCCAUGAUACCCUUAGUGAGUUAGUUGAAAAAGUUGUCUGUGCUACAGAUAAAGCUGUUCAAAUUGAAGAGCUACUACAGAACACUAAAACUAAUGAAACCCCACAAAACAUCAUUACAAAUUUACUUGAAAACAUUGAAGAUAAUAUUACUUUAGUCAUUGAUAAUAAAGCUAAUAAUAUAGUUGAUGUUGAUAGUUCUACUAAGGUUUUAGCUAAAGGUGAUUACAGAUUGGUUGAAAGUUUAGACUAUGAGAAAAAAAAAUUACUAGGUAACGAUAAAAAUCAAGUCUUUUUGUAUGCUGGAGUUUGCAGUUUGGUUACACCUAUUAUUCAGCAAAAAGGACACUUUAUUUAUAAUGCAUCUCGGUCAUCACUAUACAACAGAUGGGGUUUAUCAUUAAAAAAUGAACAUAUUCCAAACUAUUUGCAGCAAAGAAAAGCAAAGUCAGCAAGUUUUUCUUAUAGAUUAAGAAAACGAAAUCUUGACAUGUUUUUACACAAAAAGUUAGAAAAUGAAAGUGAAUGGAAAGCGUCUGAAAAACAGGUUGAUUUGAAGAAAUCAAAAGAUGAAUUAUCUGAUGAAAACAAUCUUGAAUUUUAUAAAAAGGAUGCCUCUUCAACUACACUGAAAAAUGUUCAGCUUUUUGAAACUUGUGUUACUUGUAAAAAAGUAUUCAAAAGUUUUCAAGCUUACAAAUUGACAAAUGGUCAUGAAACUGUUAGAAAGUCUGGUGUUGUCCAAUGCAAAGAGUGUGCUGACAAAAAUUUGUAUGAAGUAAUGAAAAAGGAUAAAAACUUUGAGAAGUUCAAAACCACAACCAAUUGGCACAUCAACUCAGAGGAAAUUACUGCAGCAAAAAAUUUGAAUCCAUUAAAGAGAAAACUUUUGAAUGUAAUCCCAAAUAAUAGCUUUGAAAAAAAAAUGAAGUCUCCAGACAGAGAUAAAGUUGUGGUUGAUUUAACUAAGCCAUCAAACGUUAAGUUAAAAAAUCAAACAAAAAGUUUGGAAGAAAUUGUUGCAAAAAGUAAUGGAAAAUAUUUGUGUGUCCAGUCUUCUUCGUCACCUUCUUCAGCGUCCUCAAAAAUUAAUUACACUAAUUCCUCUUUAGACACAUUAGCAGGGUCUGAUAUAGUGAUUAAUGGAAGAUCUUACAAGAUAGACGCUGAAUUUAAGUUAAAUGAUUUGUUAAAAGAUAACGAAGCUGCAAAUAAACUUGGCACCACUCAGAAAGCAUUUCUGACUCAGUUACCUGGAAUUCUUCAGCGAGUAAAUCCAAAAAAAACUUACGUUCAAAGUAAAGUUGGAGGCACUUCGUCUAAUUUAGAAUCAAUGAGGCGUACUGCUUAUUCUUAUCCUGUCAAGCAGCAUAUUGUUUCGACUUUAUCAGAAAGUUUACAGAAAAAUUCUCUGACGUUUGCGUCACCUUCAGUGCGAUUAUCGGUUCCAUCCUUUUCUCCUAAAGUAAUAGUCUCCGCGCGUCCAAAUGCAUCUUACAUAUCAAUAAAACCAACUCCCGCAAAUCUCUUUUCUUCUACACCGAUAAAGAAAGGAGAAAAAAGUUCCUACUCAACGAACACGCAGUGGUCAAUAAGCCCAAAAAGCUCAUCAACUCCGUCAAUAGUAAAAUCAAGCGGUUGCACACAGAUUAUUACUUCUUCCAAAUCUACUUCAUCGAUUAACAUCCCAAUCAAUCAAAGUUGCAAGAUAAAUUUAACAUCAUUUCAGCUUAAACCUCCUUAUAACAAUCCAGACCAGAAAGUAAAACAUUUUUCAGCCUCACAAUCGCAUAGAAUAAAACAAUACUCGCAUUCUACCGACAACUUCAAAAUUGUCAAUAAAGUUAAUGAUAUCUCGAAUAAUCUUGACAAAAAGAGUUCAAAAACUUUAUCAAAUCCAGUGCCGAUUAAACAUUUAUCUACAGCAGAAAUAACUUGUAAAAUAGAACCAAAUAUAGUAUAGUAUAUUUUCCUAUUUUUAUUUUCAAAACAAUGUUCAAUAAUUAUUCAUUUUUUUGUUCAUAAGUUUGUAAAAUGUUAUGAAAAUGACAAUUUCGAUUAUUUCUCGUU